CAUGGAGAGUGGAGAGCCGCGGGACGAACGAGUCUGCGAGCAGAGUUUGUUGGGUGUCGUUCUCUCAGUUGACUGCACAGAGGCGCGAGGAGCCGGCUCCGCGACUAGGCCGAGCAAAGAUACCUGCCAUCCACCGACGCCGACAGGGUGUCUCCGCAGGGGCCCUGAAACAUCUGACCAUGGGCCCGAACAGGACGCUGCUGGCGCUCCUGCUCUUUUCUACCUGUCUCCUUCUAGCUGUGACUCCGACUGCCCUCGGUGAGCCGAAUGGUGACCUAGUUUUCGACGACGACGGCGGCGGAGCGGACAUGUUGGACGAGCCGCUGGACGGGCUGCUGCAGGCGGACGACGUGAUCCGCAGCGAACGCAGCCCCCUGAGCAAUUUGCGCUCGAUGGUGCUCGGCUGGUUCGGCACCAGCCACGAGCAAGACGACGAGCCCGACGCGUUUGAGACCCGCAGAGUCCGACGCGCUGCCGCCACCUUUAAUAAGGGAAAGAGGCGCAGGGUAGGCCGCAAGAAGCACACGCGGCGGCAGGCGGCCUUCGUUGACGACGAGGACGACAACUCGUCCGGCACCGACGUCCUUGACGCAGUCACCGACAUCUACUCCGGAGACAAUAUUGGCCGCACUCUGCCGCCCUCUUCGGACAGGCCAAAUUUCUACCGGGUUUCUGUGUUGCUCGAGGACGUUUACAACGAGGAAUUAAACAACAGAAACUCGCCUGAAUUCCAGAAGAUCUCAAGGGCGAUAACGAAGGACGUGACUGACAUGUACACUAAAUCAUUUGGCAGCGAGGGGGGCAGGUUUAUGGCCAACGUUCUCUCAUUUGAGGAGUACCCAGCUGACCGAUUUCGUGUGCUGGUGAGACUUGACGUGGGAAGCACGAAGCAACACUCCUCUGAAUCGCUCCGGCAAAUGCUGUUGAACCAUAUCAUGAAUACAGGACAACUCGGCGACAAGCCUGCUUACACAGAAAACUUUUCCUUCGCUCGCAUCGAGGAAUGCCCGUUUAAGUGUGACAAUGGUGAGUGUCCCUCGAGUUACGUGCGCUGUGACGGAAAUCGAGACUGCUCGGAUGGGAGCGAUGAGCGAAACUGUCCUGGAAACGCCACAGACACCCCAAUCGAGCGCGUGACCUCCACUCCCGUGGGGUCAGUGCCGGUGCCUCUGCCUCCUGCCCGGGAAGGCUGCCGCGCAGAUGACGCUGUCCGGUGUCCCGGGGGAAGUGCCCUUUACAUCUGCAGUGCUCAGCUUUGCGACGGAAUCCCGGACUGUCCCAACGACGCCGACGAGGACCCCAAGAACUGCCCGGACAAGCCAGACGUAGAAAUAACUGUCUGUGGGGCUAAAGAGUUCCAGUGCGACAGGAAUAGGUGCAUCAAUGAAAACCAGAAGUGUGACGGUAAACCCGACUGUAACGACCAAUCUGAUGAGGCCAACUGCCCCGAAACUGGGGAACAUCAAUGCACUGCAAAUGAGUUUGAAUGUAGCGAUAAAACUUGCAUUAGCAAGUCGAAGGUGUGCGACGGAAAUCGAGAUUGCAGUGACAACAAAGACGAAGAAAAUUGUGCGAAGCAAGUUUGCCGUAACGAUCAAUUCACUUGCGAUGACGGCCAGUGCAUUCUAAAUGCACAGCGCUGCGAUGGCAUAAACGAUUGCAGCAACGACGAGGACGAGUUCAACUGCCCGGUGGUGACCACCGUGACGCCAACCCCGCCGAUAUCCACCACUUCGCGUUUCCCGACAGUGUGCGACCCGCAGACGGAGCACCAGUGCGACUACGGUCAGUGCAUCGACCGGAACCUGCGGUGCAACGGCAAAUACGACUGUCCGGCUGAGGACAAGUCGGACGAGGAGGGCUGUUGGAGCACUCGCUGCAUUCAGAGGGUGCAGCUGGUAUGUUGCCACGUCAGGCAGUCUUGCAACCCCGUCCAGUGUUCGCCAGUGCCCUCAAAGUGUGCGUGCAAUCCCAGCGAGUUCAGGUGCGACACGAACAGGUGCAUUCCACAGUCGAAAAAGUGCGAUGGCAACUACGACUGUGCGGACAACUCGGAUGAGAAGCAGUGUCCGUGCAAACAAGGUUACUACGUGUGCAACAACGGCCACUGCAUCCCACCGAACCAGCGAUGCAAUGGUGUCAAAAACUGCCAGGACGGCAGUGACGAGCUGUCAUGCUCCGCAGAAUGCGCGAGGAACGAAGUCGAAUGUCGCGACAAGACGUGCGCGCGAGGUGCCCGCUGCGACGGACGACCCGACUGCGCCGACGGAUCUGACGAGAGCGGCUGCCCCCGCAGAUGCGCUCCUGAUCAGUACAAGUGUGCGGACGGCUCCUGCUUGGACCCGUCUGUGCGGUGCAACGGUGUGUCCGACUGCUCGGGUGGCGAGGACGAGAGUAACUGUCCGUCCAGCUGCUCUACCGGCCAGUUCAGGUGCGGUAGCGGCGAGUGCAUCAACGACAACCAGAGGUGCGACCAGCGACGCGACUGCCGCGACUCCUCUGACGAGCUCGGCUGUGAUGUUGAGGUAAAUUGCAUGGGGUACCAGUGGCGGUGUGCGGACAAGUACACGUGCAUCGAUGCCAGCAGCCACUGCGACGGCUUUCUCAACUGUCCGGACGGCUCGGACGAACGGUUUUGCACUAACACGGAACCAAUUACUACAGCACCCGCCCUGUGCGGCAGAGGCGAGUUCGCUUGCCUUGGUGACAACCGUUGCGUGCCAGAGUGGAAAAGGUGCGACGGGGUCAGAGAUUGCUUGUACAGUGACGACGAACUGAAUUGCAGAAUCGAAGCACCAACUAUCCCUCCGACCUCCGCCCCUUCGAGAAUCGAGUGCGCCGAAGACGAGUUCCAAUGCAAGAACGGCACCUGUAUUCCUAGCAGACAACGCUGUGACGGAACUUACUCAGAUUGUUCCGAAGCCGAGGACGAACGUGACUGCCCUGAUAAGCCCAGCUACUGGCCCCCAGGGUGCAGUGACGGCGAUUUCAGGUGUAACGACGGCCGUGGAUGCGUGUCGAUGGAUAAAUACUGCGACGACUUGGUCGACUGCGAAGACGGCUCGGACGAGGCUUCCUGCAGCGAUUCAGACGAGAGCACCGACGAACCUGAUGUCGGCCCCAGCGCGUGCAAAUCAGACGAGUUCACUUGCGGUGACGGCCAAUGCAUCACCCGCGAGUUCCUUUGCGACUCGGUGGACGACUGCCUCGAUAGGUCUGACGAAACAAACUGCUCCAACAAGUGCUUGAGCUCCGAGUUCACUUGUGAUGACGGAGUUUGCAUUCUUGUCAGCGAAAAGUGCAACGGCGUCAGCGAUUGCCGCGACGGAUCGGACGAGAGAAACUGCCCAAGAACGUGUAGUCCGUUCGAGUUCACCUGCAGGGACGGCUCGUGCAUUGAUAGGAGAUACCAAUGCAACGGCCGGCGGGACUGCAGCGACGGCGCUGACGAGGAGGGAUGUCCAACUACUCCCGCUUUUACUACCCCACGACCGUGCAACUCUUACGAGCUGACUUGCCGCGAUGGUUCAUGCGUGGACAGGAACCGCAAGUGCGACGGACGCUACGACUGUCGCGAUGGUUCGGACGAGGAAAACUGUCCCACAACAAGCACAGAGCGUCCACCGCGUCCGUCGUGCAGGAGCGAUCAGUUCACCUGCAGGAACUUGGAAUGCGUGUCCAGAGAGGCCAAGUGCAACGGCAGGUACGACUGCCGCGACCGCUCUGAUGAGGAGGAGUGCAGCCCUCAGCCGCCCACCGGAAUCACAUGUUUGCGGGACGAAUUCACCUGCAAAAGCCGCGACCAGUGCGUGCCGCAAUCGCAGGUUUGCGACGGCAACUACAACUGCAACGACUACAGUGACGAAAAAGAGUGCCAGUGGCAGCCGUGCUCGAAAUGGGAGUUCCGCUGCGAAAAUGGCCCUUGCAUUCCGCUGAGUUCACGCUGCGACAAUAAAAUCGAUUGUCCAGACACGAGUGACGAGUUGGACUGUCCGAAUAACGAGCUCCCAUGGCUCAAAACAUACCCAGAUGACCAGAUUAUCAAAACAGGACGAGAGGUUGUGUUCCAAUGCCGAGACGAGGGUGUGACAAGAGCGAGAGUCCAGUGGUCUCGCGUAAAUGGACCCCUUCCUCCAGGAACCACUGACAGAGAUGGCCGACUGGAAAUGCCAAACAUUCAGAUGGAGCACGCAGGAAACUACAUUUGCAAGGCAAUCGGUUAUCCUACACAAAAAGAGGUCUCCCUUAAAGUGGAAGCCCACACGAUCCUUCCACCCACAAGGCCUGAAACUGCCUGCAGAAUUGAUGAAGCCACUUGCGGCAAUGGCCAGUGCAUUCCCAAGUUUAAAGUUUGCGACGCAUAUAGAGACUGCACUGACGGCUCUGACGAGGUCCAAUGCGGACAAAAUGGGUGCGAGCCAAACGAGUUCCGAUGCCGCAACAAGAAGUGCAAGCUCAAAGUUUGGAGGUGUGACGGCGACGACGACUGCGGUGAUAACUCUGACGAGGAAAAUUGCAAGGAAAAUCCUCCUGGAUCGCCGUGCAAAUACAACGAAUUCCAGUGUCAAUCCCGUGGGCAGUGCGUGCCUAAGUCGUUCCAAUGCGACGGUCAGCCUGACUGCCUUGACGCUUCUGACGAACUUGGAUGCAGGGUGCCUGUGAUCACGGUGCUUCCUAAGCCGAUGGUGGUUCUGGACAUAGGCGCCGUGCUGACCAUCACCUGUACCGCGGUCGGAGUGCCGACACCUGACGUCAGUUGGCGUCUCAAUUGGGGUCACGUGCCAGCCAAAUGCUCACAGACUUCCAAUGACGGUGUCGGCCUGCUUGAGUGCACUGACAUUCAAGAGCAAGACCAGGGUGCUUACUCGUGCGAGGCGGUCAAUACGCAGGGCUCGACCUUUGCUGUGCCCGACACCAUCCUUGUGGUGAACAGGCAGCCCACGCCAUGCAGACAAGGUACCUUCAACGAUCUGGCCGUCGCGCCAAACGAGUGCCUCAACUGCUUCUGCUUCGGCGUCACCACCGACUGCAAAUCUGCCGAUCUCUACACUUAUCAGCUCCCACCGCCCAUCGGCACUUUGAAAGUUCUGAGUGUCAAUCUGGAUCAAGAUGGCUCCAUCGGAAGGGAGUUCUCGUUGGGAGGUGCGCAGGUCCGAACGAUCCAACAAGGAUUCCAAAUUUACGGCCCUAUUUCCCGCACCAGGGGCUCCUACCCUUACCUGGCUCUCUCCGAAAACUUCCUUGGCAACCAACUCAAGUCCUAUGGAGGAUACAUUAAGUACAACGUCAGACUUGACCAGAGUGUUUCUGGCAGAGCCAUCAACACUCCUAGCAUAAUCAUCAGCGGUAACGGAAACACUUUGAUGCACCCGAGCAAGCGGCUGAAUAUUGGAGAGAACAAUUUGUCUGUGAGAAUCUUCCAGGGCGAGUGGUACAAGAUCACCAGAGGCAGGCCAGGUGGCGACAUUCCGGCCGACAGCUCUGAGCUGGCCUCCAGAGCCGAGAUCAUGAUGGUCUUGGCCAGCAUGGACAACAUCCUGCUCAAGAUCCAGCAUUUCGAUUCAAGCCAGAUUGAUACCUCCAUUUACAACUUCAAGAUGGACUCUGCCGGCAACAGCAACAUCGGCCAGGGCCAGGCCAGCUUCGUGGAGGAAUGUCGUUGCCCGCGCGGCUACACUGGACUCUCCUGCGAGAACUGCGCUCCAGGAUUUGUGAGGAGACAAGGUGGCUCAUGGCUCGGCAACUGCGUGGAGGAAUCAUUUGAACCUUGCCCGGUCGGCUACUACGGUGACCCAGCCAGCGGCAUCCCCUGCCAACCGUGCAUGUGCCCUGGCAGCAGCAGGCUUUUCGGCGGAACCACUUGUUACCUGGACACUGACGGCCAGCAAACGUGCAACUGCCCAGAAGGAUACCAGGGCCGCAGGUGCGAGAUUUGCACUGCAGGGUACACAGGAAACCCUCUCAGGGGCCAACCCUGCGAGAGGGGCUCCGUCUGUGAUCCAGCCGGCUCACUCUCACCCACGCCUGACCCGAGGACAGGACGCUGCGAGUGCAAGGAAUUUACAACCGGCACCACUUGCAACCAAUGCCAGGCCAACACUUUCUACCUGAAUGAGAACCAUCAAUUCGGCUGCAUCCGCUGCUUCUGCAUGGGCAUUGAGUCCACCUGCCACAGCUCUAACUGGUACAGGAAGCAGGUCAGCCUGGCCUUUACCAGCAGCACGCACGACGUCAAGUUGGUCGAGGGCACUAGACAGGACAAGGUCAUAUCUGACGGCAUCGUUGCCAACCCCCAGUCCCGAGAGAUUACCUACCAGAACUUCAAUCCCAGAUAUUCGGACGUGUAUUACUGGAAACUACCAUCCCUCUUCCUUGGCGAUAAAGUAACCGCGUAUGGCGGCUUCCUGAACUACACUGUGCGCUACGAACCAGCUCCCGGAGGCCAGAGCUCUCGCAACAAUGCCUACGAUGUGGAGCUGCGCAGCUCGAAGACCGCUGACAUCACCCUGCUAUACUACCUGAAGGAGCCUCUGCAGCCUAACAGGGCUCAGACCGUGUCUGUACCCUUGUACGAACAAUACUGGCAGCGCACUGACGGGCAGCAGGCCGACAGGGAGCACAUGCUGAUGGCCCUGUCCAACCUGGAUACCAUCCUCAUCAAGGCCACGUACACCACCAACACAAGAGAAGCCGCUCUGGCCAGUGUGAGUCUGGACAUAGCUGAAGACCGCAACACCGGCCAACAGCGCGCAAGUGCUGUCGAGGAGUGCACCUGUCCUCAAGGCUAUCGAGGUCUGUCUUGCCAGCACUGCGCUGUCGGUUACACCAGGGUUGAUGAAGGAAUUUACCUGGGCAAGUGCGAGCCCUGCGAAUGCAAUGGUCACUCAAACCAGUGUGACCCAGAAACUGGAGUCUGCGUCUGUCCUCACCCGAGAGCUGGCGAGAACUGUGAAGAAUGCGCACCUGGCUACCAAUUGGACGGAAACAAUAAUUGCGUGCCAACCGGCCCACCUCAGCCGUGCAGGUGUGAUCCUAGAGGAUCGUUGGGCUCCUCUUGCAGAAACGGAGUGUGCAACUGCAAGACUAACGUGGAGGGAAAAGAUUGCGACCGGUGCCGCAGCGGCUCGUUCGCCCUGUCUGAGAAGAACCCGGCUGGUUGCCUCGAGUGCUUCUGCUCAGGAGUGACCCGCGACUGUCAGUCUGCCACCCUGUACAACACCCUCAUCCCCAUGCAGAUCUUUGGCGAUGACCAUGAAUUCACCCUCACUGACAGUUCAACCAAGGAGUUUUUCAACUCAACUCUAACUCUGAACGUGGCCGAAAACGAAAUCGGCUAUGUCUACGAGCCUGGACAGGAGUACCGCAAGCUUUUCUGGUCCCUCCCAUCGGCAUUCACUGGGAACAAGGUUAAUUCCUAUGGCGGUGUACUUACUAUCACCCAAAGAUACUCAGGAUCGAGCUACGAGAACGGCCAGGACGUGCAGCUCAUCGGACACGGAAAGACCAUCUUCUGGUCAAACUUAUCGGCUAACCGUAGGUCCGACGAUUCAUUUACAUACCAAGUGCCGCUGACCGAAUCUGGAUGGACACUGUUGAGCCAGAGAGGCCCGCUGCCCGCGUCCAGAGUCGACUUCAUGACCGUCUUGACCGAUAUUGAGCAGGUUUUGGUUCGAGCGUCGCUCGGAUCAUCCACCAGGGCCACCUACCUGUCAGACAUCACGAUGGACAUUGGAUACGACUCACAAUCCUUCCCUAACCAGCCACCGACGGAGUUUGUCGAGAUGUGCAGGUGUCCUGUUGGAUAUAGGGGCUCAUCUUGCGAGCGCUGCGACGUUGGCUACUACCGAGACACAUCUGACACCAGCUUGUCCAUUUUGGGCGUUUGCCGCAAGUGUCCGUGCAACAACAACGAGCAGAGCUGCUACCAAUCACACGAUUUCAGGGUUGUUUGCGUUUGCUUGGAUGGCUUCACUGGCGAAUCCUGCGACAGACCUGUUGAAGUGUGGGGCAUAAUGCUUGAGAUGAUUCCGGCGCGGGUGGUCGGCCGGACGUAUAGCGUGGUGUCGAUCGCAUGCAGUUACCACAGCAACGAGGAGCUGCGCCUUGAGUUCACCGAGGACCCGCCGCAGCAGGGCAACAUGACGACGCAGGGCCAGCAGUACCAGCACGCGCUCGAACCCUACAAAAUGGGCUUCAAGCGGCUGACGCAGGUGGUCAUUCGGCCAGAAUUGCGCUCCAUCACGUGCACGGCGCGCAACAUGGAGGGCCGCGCGAUCGGAGCCAUUUCCUCCAUGGUCCUCCACUCAGACGUACCAGUGGCGCCCUCGCCAACGCGUCCUCCGCCGUCACAGCCGACCAUUCUUGUUUCUGUUUCCGAGCCGAGGAUUCAAAUCCAGGAGGUCGGCUCCACUGUGCGGUUCCAGUGCUCUGGAAGGUCACUCAGGAGUCAGAGCCCCAUCCGCAUAGCGUGGCAGAAGGAGGGUGGCGAGCUGCCUAGAGACAGGGCCAGGGACGACGGCAGAGGACUUUUGGUCAUUUACAGCGUCCAAGCCACCGACUCGGGAACUUACCUCUGCGUAGGCAGCGAUGACUUCACCAAAGUCUCUGAGCGUGCCGUGCUCACAGUCGGAGGGUCUCCCUCAGUGCCGCCCCAAGCGUCGAUCAACCCCCGGGUGCUGGAGGUGCCCGAAGGCCAGUUAGCAGAGCUUAGGUGCGCCGCAUCAGGCUCACCGCCACCUUCCGUGAGGUGGACGAUGACAAACUCUCGCCCUCUAUCUUCCAAUGCUGUUGUCGACGGAGAGAUCCUGCGCAUUCCUUCGGUCAGCAGGUCUGACGCAGGCGAAUACGUUUGCACAGUCAUCAACAGUGAGGGCACUGACACUGUCAGCGCUGUCAUUUACGUGAGAGACCGCGUUGUUCAGCCGACGUCUCCUACUUUCUCGACCCUAGUUGUCGAGCCGCAGGAGCUGCAGAGUCAGCCGGGCGAGACGGUGCGCUUGUCCUGCUCGGGAGCUUCCUUGAGCUCCACCGUCAGGUGGUCCAGGAUGGGCGGCGACCCUCUGCCUGCAGCGGCUGAUGUGAAUGGAGGUCAGCUAGUCAUCUACAAAGUCAGCCCAUCAGACAACGGAAUUUACAUCUGCUCAGCCACCGACACUUACGGCAGAGUACAACAAGCACAGGCCAGGGUUACAAUCGUCAACUAUGGAAGCCCUCCAAGUGUACGGAUUGAGCCAGAGAGGCAGACAAUCGUGCAGGGAACGAGUGGUGAGUUGCGCUGCAUCGCCUCAGGUGAACCGACUCCGACCGUGACCUGGAGCAAGAUCAAUGACGACAUGAGCAGGUCCGUACAGGUCACUGGCAACAUUUUGAGGAUUCCAAGCGCUCUGUUCGUUGACCGCGGUGUCUAUGCCUGCAAAGCUUCCAACUCUGGAGGCGAAGCCCAGUCAUACGCCAUUGUAGAGGUCGAAGUGCGAGAAGCACCGAUUGUCGAGAUUUAUCCAAAGAGUGACCAGACUGUGCUUGAGGGAGGCAGCGCUUUGAUUCAGUGCAGAGUUGCGGGUGGAAUUCCAACUCCCACUCUCACCUGGAAGAGGGAGGACGGAAGGCCACUCUCAUCCAAAAUCCAACAACUCCAGAGCGGUGUACUCAGCUUUAACGACAUCAGCAAGAAUGAGGCUGGAAGGUACCAGUGCGUGCUAGAGAACUCUGUUGGCACCGUCAGCGCCACGGUUACUCUGAUUGUACAAACGUUGCCAGUGAUCAUGGGAAUACCGUCUGGCCCAAUGAACGUUCAGCUUGGACAAUCCUUGAGGCUUGAGUGCCGUGCUGAGGGCGAUCCGAUACCCAUGGUUGUCUGGAAGAAGCACCAGCUUGGUCCAUCAAACUUCUACAAACUUGGCGAAGUCUCCCCUGAACGUCCCAUAAGCGCCGUGUAUGAAAUCACGCGGGUGACCAAGGAUGACGAGGGCUCGUACAGUUGCGUGGCAAGCAGCGCUGCUGGCAUCAUUGAAAAGAGGCUGCAGGUGGUCGUCAGUGGGGACCAGAACGUAACCCCGUACCCAUGGUCCGUCUCAAGGAGGCCUGAUAUUGGAAAUGUUGCUCGCAUCCCCGAAAAGAAAAUGGAAGUUAGCGUAGGUGGAAGAGCCGAACUCAGGUGUUUCGUCACAAACAACAGAGAACAAAUCUUCCUGAACUGGAUUCGUUCGGACAACCGACCACUGCCCAGAGGUCACUUUCAACGUGACGGAAUCCUCUCACUCGUUAAUGUGGAAAAGAGCGAUGCUGGCGAAUACGCUUGCACUGGCACUCGUGAUGGUAACGAGGUCUUCAGGAGCUAUGCAAACCUUGAAGUUCUUGACCCGCUUGGCGUGAAAUUGAACCCAUCAAGACAAACAGUGCGGCCCGGCGACAACGCGCUCAUCACCUGCGAAGCAACUGGAGUAGCGCCCAUCACACUUUCGUGGGAGCGCGUUGGCAGCGUCAUGCCCAGGUCGGUUGAGACCUACAAUGGCCGCCUCCAGUUCCGCGGCAUCGAGGUCACCGACGCAGGACGCUACAUCUGCAGAGCGACCAACCGCAUUGGUUCGGCUGAAGCUGCCGCUGAAGUCAUUGUUGAAGACUCGGUGCCACCACCAUUUGUGCGUGCCGCCUCCAGGCAAGUCACCACUCCCGUGGGCUCCAACAUCGUGCUCAACUGCGAGUCGCAGGAGCGCGUAGAGUGGACGAGGCUGCGAUUAGCACUGCCGCCCACAGUUGAGGUGCGAGGAAAUGAGAUUAGCUUGCAGAAUGUGCAGCUCGAGGACGCCGGACGCUACUCGUGUUCGGUCAGAAACGGCCAGGCCCAGGAUUUCGUUGACCUUAUCGUUACGCCGCAUGGUCGGUGCCAUUAUAAUCAGUACCAAUGCAAGAAUGGCGAGUGCAUCAGCAACAGACUAAGGUGUAACAACAGGGUUGACUGCGGGGACAAGUCCGACGAGAUUUAUUGCCGAUCAAGAAGGGCGACAAGGGUGGUUCGGCCACUAAGACCAAGCACUGAGGAAAUCACGAUCGACUCUAGCCAGGAGAGGAUCAACCUCGGCGACACGAUCGACCUGCAGUGCAAGUCGACGGCGCCCGGCUCCGCAAUUUCCUGGUCAAAGGUGGACGACGACCUGGCCAACAACAUUCAGGUCCAGGGCGGCUUCCUUCGCAUCAACAACGUGCGCAGCACUAAUGGUGGGCUCUACCGCUGCACGGUCCUGACGCCAAAUGGCAAACUGACCCGCGACUACUCGCUCGCCUUGACCGGUGGCAUUGAACGCGUUCCCUACAUUCCUCCAUCGCGAACGUUUGUUGAUAUCGACUACCCUGACGGCGCAUCAACACCUGCCCCGACGCCAUCAGUGCUGACCAAGACGGCGGCCUACGGCACGUCGGUCGAGCUUGAGUGCAGGAGCAACCUGGAAAAUGCCAGGCUCACGUGGACCAGGCAGAACGCGGCGCUGCCCGAGAAGGCAACGGACAGCAGGGGCGUGCUGAUAAUUCCCGACCUGGAAUCGAGUGACGCCGGCACCUAUCUGUGCUCGGCCGAGAACGCUCAGGGCAGGCAGGUGGUGCCGACGGUGCUGUUGGUAACUGGUCUGGUUCCCUACUUCGGCCAGAGCCCCAACUCGUACCUUGCCCUACCGACCCUGCAGAAUGCCUACUCAAGCUUCGCCAUCGAAAUCUCCUUCAAGCCCGAGAGCCCGAAUGGUAUCAUCCUGUACAAUGGACAGCAACUGGGAGGCUCAGGUGACUUCUUCUCGUUCGGCCUUAGCAACGGAGUGCCCGAGUUCCGAUUCUUCACUGGGCAGUCACCAGUGAUCGUGCAAGGCAAACAGCAGCUCAAGAUGGGCGCGUGGCAUACGGUCAAAAUUAGCCGGAUCAACAAGGACGGCACAAUGAUUGUGAACGGAAACGAAACAUACGCCGGCAUCGACACGGGCAGGUUCCAAGGUCUUGACCUGCAGGACUCUCUCUACCUAGGAGGAGUGCCUGAUUACAAUAACAUCCAGAGGUCAAAUGGCUUCAGCAAAGGAUUUGUUGGCUGCAUUGGCAAACUGGUGCUCGGCUCAAAGCAAGUGGACCUGAUGAAGGAGGCUCUGGUAAAGGAAGGCGUGACCUUGUGCGAGACUUGCGCGGAAAGCAAGUGCGAAAACAAUGGCGUCUGCCAGGAGGCAUACACUGAUAAGGGCUACAAAUGCAUCUGCCAAUCUGGCUACUCAGGCAUUAACUGCGAGUACCAGGGAGAGGUCUGCUACCCAGGAGCCUGCAACACAGGCCGGUGUGAGGAUAUGGGAGGCAGGAUCAAGUGCCACUGUACACUGGGUUUCGAAGGAGCCAAAUGCGACAAGCAGCUCAAGGUCACGGUUCCGCAAUUCAGUGAACACUCUUGGCUCUCGUACCCCAAGCUUAGACCCUUCUACACAAGACCGCUAGCGAUCGACAUCAAAAUCAAGCCAAAGAGCCUGAAGGACAGCUUACUGGUGUACUCUGCGCAGAGCGCGGGGGGCACCGGCGACUUCCUCGCAGUCGUGAUCAAGAAUGAACGAGCGGAGCUGCGCUUCAACAUGGGCUCUGGCGUGGCCGUGAUCAGCAGCAACGCGACACUGCAGCCCAACAAGUGGCACCGAGUGAGCAUAGUACGCGGCCCAGGUCCCACCGGCUCAAUCUCGGUGGAUGGAGAGGUGCCACAUGUCGGCAAAUCGCCCGGCACCAAGAAGGGCCUCAACCUUAACACGCCCGUCUACCUGGGUGGCUGGGACAAAUCACAGAUCACCCUGAGCUCAGAGGUCGAGGUGUCUGAAGGCUUUGACGGCUGCAUCUCUGAGAUCAAGGUGACCGCCACGACGCUCGACAUCAUCACGUCAGCCAUUGGUUCGUCCAACGUGGCACAGUGCGUCUCUGACUCGCCGUGCGACAGCUCACCCUGCCUCCAGGGUGCCUCCUGCCAGAAUUUCGUCAAUGACUACGUCUGCUACUGCCCUGAUGGAUUCAGCGGAAAGAACUGCGACAAGGAGGAAAGUCUUUGUGAUACUCAAGCCAACUGCCAGAACGGUGGAGAAUGCGUUGGAUCCGCGACUGCUUACAUGUGCAACUGUCCUAAAGGCUUUUCAGGAAUCCACUGUGAAACUCGUGAGGAAUUUGGCGUGGACGUUGGCUUCAAGGGUAACGGCUACGUGAUGCUGUCCAAGAACUUGCUGCCACACGCGGCGUCUGGCGUCACGGAGGAGAUCGAGAUUGAGUUCACGUCGCGCAGCCCUAACGGCCUGAUCUUGUGGCACGGGCAGCCGGCUAACAUACCCGGUCGCAACCUGCGAGGCAAGCUGGAGGACUACCUCUCACUUGCCGUGGUUGACGGUUACCUCGAGUUCGGCUGGGAACUUGGUUCAGGCUCGGCCAAGCUGGUGUCACGUCACCGCGUCGACGACGACCAGCGCCACCAGGUUCGACUGUGGCGCACGGCCAAGAACGGCUCCAUGGUGGUCGACAGCGAUGAGGCCGUCAUCGGCCAGAGCGGCGGAAACCUCGGUUUGCUCAACACCAAUGGAAACAUCUUCGUUGGUGGUCUGCCGAAGCUGCAGUACAUGACUGACGGCAGACACAGCGAGGGCUUCACAGGAUGCAUUCAUUCAGUGCGCCUCAACGACUCGGGGGUUUUGAAUCUCUACGAAAGGGCCAUCCUGUCGGUCAAUGCUCACAAGUGCUCCAGGGGUAUGUGGGUGUCGUCGUCCUUGGUGCUGAGCGACGAGACGCCCAAGAGGACUAGGACUGUCCAGCUGGGUGCCCUGCCAGGCGCCACUCCAUCAGGGUCCGCGCGACCGAGUUUGAUGCCGCUGUUGUUCAUCUGUCACGUGGUCACUUUCGUCAUUUACAACAGCGUUAUUUAGCUUGUGACUCCUCAAAACCAGUUAAGAACAACAUCGACGAUGUGGAUGAUGGCGAAGAUCUGUCGCUGCAGCUCAACAGAGCCUUCUAGGUUGACUUUGGCUCGACCAAGCACACAAAAACUUUGACAAUUAUGUGUUCAUUUAGAGAAAAGGCCUUGGGCCGAAUUUUACUUUAAUUUUCAACUGCGCCGCUCUACUGAAAUGCUUGCAAAUCUGGCGUCAGUGGCUUUUAAUUUUAAUUCCUACGCAUUUUUCCUUUUAGAUCAUAUUACGUACGAGCUAGUAUUUUUAACUUUGAGCGCUUCCUUCCUUUUUUACCCUUUGAUUACAAUCUGGACCAAAAUUGCUAUUUUUUGUACUCUUCUGCCGCCCAGGAUGAUUUCUGUAUUUUGCUAGUCUUUCUGCUUUGCACACUAUGACCCCAUCCAGUUAAUUUAUUGUGGCGUUUAUUUGUGUUCUAUCUGUGAAUAAAGUUUCAUUAGUUGCCAAAUUAUUACCUUUAGGAGGGGUCUUUUGAAUCAAAAUAAUCGGUAAACGAAAAUUUAAAAUAUAUAAGGCGCCACUAGUUGAGGAGAAUGAAGAUCGGUGCCUACGGAGACAAUAAAAAUUCACUUUGAGCUAAUAUUUGUACAAUGUUGUAAUUCGAAAUCGGCAGUGAUUUAUUGUUCAAAGUCUCUAGUUUGUUGUGUUGAUAUAUACAAAUGUAGUGUCAUCAACUCUGUGCCUUUUCUGUUAAACGAUAAUAGGUUUCCGUUUUGAACUCGAAAUCUAUCUAAAAAUUAUAAUUUAAUUUCCUUCACUCAUAAACAUUUUGAAUUAUUUAUGAAUGAACGCACUUUUCGAGCAAAAAAAUCUAUUAACCGUCUAAAACUAUAUAUGUUGAGAAUUUUUCAGAACAUUGUAAUAAGUGGUGCUAAAAUAAUGAAAUAUAUCAAUGUAAUGCGUGCCAUAAAUCAAGAUUCUUUUCAAAGAAA